AGAUUUUGCCUUCGUUUGUUUUAAAGUCCAGGUUUACUGAAAAGCCAAAUUGUAUAAAUAAUAACUAAGACGAAUAAACGGGCUUUGCGAAACGCGAAUCCAUUGAAUUGUACAUUACUCGGACCAGACUGAAAGUAAAGCUCCCAAAACUUCAACACAAUGUCGGAAAUGCAAAUGGAUUGCGCACUGGAUCUAAUGCGCCGGCUGCCGCCCCAACAAAUCGAGAAGAAUUUAAUCGACUUAAUAGAUCUGGCACCAGACUUGUGUGAGGAUUUGCUGUCUUCAGUGGAUCAACCGUUGAAAAUUGCAAAAGAUAAAGAGCAUGGGAAGGACUAUUUGCUAUGCGACUACAACCGGGACGGUGACUCGUAUCGAUCGCCCUGGUCGAAUACUUACUAUCCACCACUAGAAGAUGGACAAAUGCCGUCGGAACGUUUAAGGAAGCUGGAAAUUGAAGCAAACUACGCUUUCGACCAGUACCGGGAGAUGUACUACGAAGGCGGCGUGUCCUCGGUGUAUCUGUGGGACUUGGAUCACGGCUUUGCCGCUGUAAUACUUAUUAAAAAAGCCGGCGAUGGCAGUAAAAUGAUUCGUGGCUGUUGGGACUCCAUACAUGUCGUGGAGGUGCAAGAGAAAACCACUGGACGCACGGCGCACUACAAACUGACGUCAACCGCCAUGCUGUGGUUGCAAACAAACAAGCAGGGCUCCGGCACUAUGAACUUGGGAGGAUCUCUCACCCGCCAGACUGAACAGGAUGCCAAUGUCAGCGAAUCGUCGCCCCACAUUGCCAACAUUGGCAAAAUGGUAGAGGAAAUGGAAAACAAAAUCCGCAACACUCUCAACGAAAUCUACUUCGGCAAAACGAAGGAUAUUGUGAACGGCUUGCGAAGCACGCAGUCGCUGGCCGAUCAGCGUCAGCAGGCGGCUAUGAAACAGGAUUUGGCAGCCGCAAUCCUAAGGCGCAAUGUCAAGCCGGAAUAAAACACAGCAUGCAAUUCAAUUAAAUGACAGAAACAUUUACAUUUACAUGCAAUUAUUGAUGUGGAGCAGGCCGAAUGGCAUACAAAAUAGAAUCAGAGCCCUUAGCAUUAUUUCAUCCUUAUAUGUAUUCUUAAAUCAAAAUGCAUUGCAGUUUUUUUCCAAAACUUUGUUAACUGAAAUUGUUAAAUUCCCAUAAACAACCAACACUUUAAAUUGUGCAUUUAGUUCUUCUAAACGAAUUCAAUUUAUUCGAAGCACAUUCAUAAAAAUAUAGUGCUUUCGUUACUAGAAUUUUAAAAAAGGCGAGCCCUAACAAAUUGGACUACUCUUAAAUAUUCAGCACACCAUGGUGCAAAUUAUGUCGGGGUUUGUUAAAAGAGCAAAGUAAGUUUUAUUGUAUUUUUAAACGUACAAGUAAAAUAAAGUGCGGUAUUUUUCUUUUAA